UAGACUCUCAGCGGAUUUGAAUUUGUUCACAAUGGAAGAGGUGUUUUUUAAAUCAGCGUUACCUGCGCAGGACUCCUUCGUGCUGGAUGACACCAGUCUGGCUCUGCCGGCCGAGCCGUCUCCAAGAUCCUCGACGAAACUGAAUUCAAACGACCGGAGUCUGCGCGUUCACCAGCAGGUUCAGCUCACACUGUCACGGAAGGCAAGAAAGCCCGCAUCAAACGCUGGUGUCCAUUUACAGAAAAACACAGCCAACAGCUUUGCUGCUCCAAAUGGACUUUUACCAAAGAGACAGGUAAAUGGAUUGGGCUUCGCUAGCCGCUCUCUUUCAAGCAACAAUGUGCAGAGACCAUCCAGGAGAGUGGAAGUGUCUCCACCAGAGAGCCCAGUGUUACCUCGCAGUUGCUUCAUUUAUAAUAGUCUCCAUUUUGGGACAUACUCCCAUCCGGGACCCAGUCAGUCGCACAUGGGGGGCACUCUGUCAGACCACUCAGUGGUUGCUGAUUCAUUUCAACGCUAUGCCUUCUCAGAGGCACCCCGUGCGACGCGGCCAAGCAUGUCCACAUCUGCACUCGGGACCUACCGCCAAAGGUCACUUAGACAGACAGUCGCACCACGGCCUGUGCUUGCAAAGGCAGCGUUUCAGAGUGGCAAAUAUGGCUCUUCCUGGAAUCCUAACCAAAGUGUUGUCAAACAGGAGAAACAUACAGUGCAGAGAAAUGGUGAUAUGGUGUUUGGAGCUAUCCAGCAUGAUGAAGGCUUGUCCUGGUUGAGUCAAAUGAGGAGGGUGAGUCAGGGUCCCCGGAGACUGAAUUCAUACCCACCCUCGGUCGCCAGCAUGGAGGUGGACAUGGGGAGGCAGAUGGAAGUAGAACUCCCCACUCAGCAGAUACAGGCACACAAUGUCAUGACACUGAAGUCAGAGAAGAAGCCCCCAGAGAUGACGUUAGAGAGGGCCGUGAACCUGCUGACCCAGGAUAAUGACGAAACCCUGAUCUGUGCAGCCAGCCACAUACAGAGUCAAUGUUUCAAGAGUGCAGAUGCUAAAAAGAUGGUAUACUAUCUCCGUGGGAUUGGAAAGCUCCUGCAGCUUCUUAGCAUCGACAAUGAGGAAGUGCAGCGUGUCGCAGCUGGGGCACUACGCAAUGUAGUUUACCAGAGCAGCGAAAACAAGAUGGAGGUGAAGGAAAAUGACGGCCUGGCCACCAUUUUGCAUGCACUGAAGAGCAGCCGAGAUGUGGAGACCAGAAGGGAACUUACUGGUCUUUUGUGGAACCUCUCCUCUCAUGACCUUUUGAAGGAGCGCUUCUCAAGAGAGGCGUUAUCAGUCCUCACCCAGUCAGUCCUGGUGCCCAGUUCUGGCAUUUCUGAAGGGGAAAACCCAAAAGACGAGCUCCUAGCUGAUGCUGAUGUUUUCUACAGUGCUACUGGCUGCCUGCGAAAUCUGAGCUCUGCUGGACCACACAGCAGGAAAGCAAUGAGGGAGUGUGAGAAUCUUAUUGACUCUCUGGUCUACUACAUCCGGGGAUCCAUAGCUGACUAUAAGACAGAUGACAAGUCCACAGAAAACUGUGUCUGCAUCCUGCACAACCUGUCUUAUCAGAUAGAGGCAGAGCUUCCUAACCAGUACAUCAGAGAUGUUCGGGAAUCUCGACAAAACUUGGUUCCCGUCGGCUGCUUUGCUUAUCGCAGUGCAAAGAUCACAGAGCAUCUGGAGCAACAGUGCUCCCUGCUGGAGGAGAAGGCCAACCCCCGUGGCAUAGAGUGGUUGUGGAGCACCAUCACUAUCCGGAUGUACCUGUCACUGAUGGCCCGCAGUGUGCGUCACUACACCCAGGAAGCUGCCAUCGGAGCCCUGCAGAACAUCACAGCUGGGAACGGAGUGGUGACUGAAGCUAUUGCCUUAACUAUUGUCCAACGGGAAAAUGGCCUUCAGCAUGUCAAGAAGAUGUUAGAGGAAGGAGAGAGUGAUGUGAGGAGGACGGCCAUAUCGCUAAUAAAAAACUUCUCGCGCUACCAAAAACUGCACCCUGACAUCGUGAAGCAGGUGUUGCCAGAGGUGGUGGGCAUGCUACCCAACAACGACACCGGCACAGACCUGCCCACUGAGGUGACUGUUUCUCUGUGUCAAAUCCUCAUCAACCUGAGUCAGAGCAACAUGCAGCACGUCAGGGCCAUCGUCAACCAGAGAGCGCUCCCAAAGAUCAUCAACAUCAGCAGCAAGGACAACGGUCAUGGACCAACCAGAGAAGGUCAGGCAGCAUGCGUCCUGCUGCACACCAUGUGGAAUCACAGUGAUCUCCAUGGGGCCUACAAGAAGUGUGGCUACAGGAAAGCUGAUUUCAUCAAUGCAAGGACAACAAAGGCUGUGAACUCUGUAUGAGACUGAGCCGUGGAUCUGUAAAUACCAAACUCAAGCCGUAAUUGUCAACAAAAAUUGCGCUUGUGGUCUCAAAUCACUUAAUGCGCUCUUCCUCCUUGGUUGGAUGGUCUGUGUCACAUUUUAGUAACUGUUUUUUUUCCUCAAGGCUGCAAACAAAAUAUUGUGAAACACAUUUAUUUCCCUUAAAGGUCCUGUGACAUGUGUGUUAGCUGAAGGAUAAACUUGCAUUUUCAUUAUAUGACAUGGGGAAAGAGCUGGAUGUUGAAAAAGAGAUAAUGGAGAAACAGAACAAUAAACCCACUGACAUUUCAGAACACAUUCCUCAUCAGAUACUUCAUCAGAAAAACUGACGGAUAAAUGUAGAAAACAUAACACAUCCUGAAAACAAAGUCUCUCCGGUCUCAGAUGCUAUGUUCAAGAUAAUGAAUGAAGUAUUUCUUUAUGACUGUGUAGUUUUACUGUAGCGGCAGCUUAACAUUUGUGUAUACUGUUUUGUGUGUUGUUGUUUUUUUUGAGCACUUCAAGCGACAGUCAUUUAACAAAAACUACAAUGGAAAAUUUCAAUUAUUCACACUAAAGAAAUUGUGAAGGAUGAAAAUCAAACCAACCAUUAUUUAUGACAAACCAAUGAAUUUAUAUGUAAAUGUAUAUAGUCUAUUAAAUAAUUAAAAUCAUUUCCUGCUGUAAA